GUGUAGGUGUGUGUAUGCUCAUCAGAUGACGUUUGUUUGCGUUCACCCCCCUAUAUCAUCCUGUCCAGAUGUGAGUUCCGAGUUACAGACAACUCACUUUCAGAGAGGACUGUCACUUCUUGGACCUGUACAUCCAAACACAACAGCAGAUAUGAAUGCAAAAUAUGCCUUGGCACUGAUCCUCGCUCUGCAGGUCUCCAUGAGCCUGUGUGAGGUUCCCACACCAUCACAGGAACUUGUUGAGAAGUAUGACUCAAUGAAAGCAGUGUUCUUCAAGAGGCUGCUGACAGCCUACAGCAAGCUCCAGUUGGCCGUUGCUCCUUUGGUGGAGAAAAUUGGUGAAAGCGAGCGUGGACAGACUGCCAAGACCUACAUGGAGGAUCUGCAGGCCAAGCCCGAGUUCCAAGCCGUCGUCAAGGUUGCCACUGGCCUGGGAGAGGAGGCAGGUCCCCUGGUGGACAAGGCCCGUCAAUCAACACUGGGCCUGUACGAGCAUUACAUGCGUCCCUACGUUGGCGACUACCUGAGCGAUGCCAUCGACAACAUCAAGGUGUACCUGAACAUGGUUUUGCCCGCUGAGUAAAGGAGACCAAAUAGAACAAGCCACCUGUCAGCAACCUGUAAUAGAUGAUAGAUCAUAGAAACUACACCAGUUUAGGCUAAGAAAAGCAAUGCACAAUGCAAAUGGAAGAAAAAAAUCCUUUGCCUCUUUUCCAAUCAACUUCUUUGCCCAAUUGCGCAGAGUGAAAAAACAUGGCAAACAUGUCAACACCACCUAUUGCAAAUUGUGCAUGUACAGUAUUUUGUGUUUGAUACACUAACCAAACUCUGUGUGUGAUUGUGUAUGUAUAUGCGUGAAUGUGUUCAAUAAAAAGAACUGAAGGGUAA